CCCCAAGCGGAAAAGUGAGGCGUCCGCUGACCGUGGGAAGGUGGAUGGUGGUGAAGAUGGUGCUGGCCAAACAUCCGGGAAUGGCGUAAAGAAGGGGAAGUUUGGCUCGCGUGAAAAACCAAGGGAAAACACAGUGUCGGCAGAAGAAAUGCUGGAGAAGAUUCGAGUAUGGGAAGCAGUGCCUUUGAAGCCAAAUGCGAGGUCCACUGAAGGCGCCGGCCUCGACUUCACCAUGGUGUCGUACAACGUGCUGUCGCAGCACCUGCUGGGCUCGAUGCGGGACCUGUACGAGGGCUCCGACCCGCUCCACACCGCCUGGGAGACGCGCGGGCCCCGGCUCUGGCGCCAGGUGGUCCGGCUGAAGCCGGACAUUAUCUGCCUGCAAGAAGUGGAAGAAGGAGACAUUGAUGCAUUCUGGAUACCUCGUUGUAGAGAGGAAGGACUCCAAAUUCUGUACAAGCGGCGCACGGGCCCGGACAAGAAGGACGGCUGCGCGCUGCUGUACCGCGAGGCCCGCUUUGAGCUGUGCGAGGAGGCGACCGUCGAGUACCUGCAGCGCGACUGCCCGUCGCUCGACAGAGACAAUGUCGGCAUCGUGGCCAGGCUUAGGAGCGACCGAGGCGACCUGGUGGUGGCCUGCACGCACCUGCUCUACAACCCGCGGCGUCACGAUGUCAAGCUGGCGCAGGUGGCGCUGCUGCUGGCCGAGGUGGACCGGCUGGCCUGGUGCGGGCGCACCGAGCGCCACCUGCCCGUCCUGCUGGCCGGCGACUUCAACCUGGAGCCCUUCUCGCCCGUGUACGACUUCCUGCGGCACGGCUGGCUGCAGUACGGCGGCAUGUCGCGACGCCAGCUGACGCCGUUC